GAAGAAAAAAAAUUAAUCAGACAGAAAAGAAAAAACGAAAAAAAGAGUCCGAUUCAGAGAGAAGGAAGAAGGCGAGUAUAUAUCGAUCAGAGAAAUAAAGAAGGGAGUUGGGUCUUCCAAUUUCUAAUUCAAACCGGUGAAUUUUUGCAAUAAAUAGAGCAAAAGGGAAAAUCAAAAUGCGGAACAAUGUUGUGGAGCAAUGGAAGAAGAAGCUGUAUGGGUUUCAAUGAACAAAUAAGAGUGGGAGAAGCAUUUGUUUUUUUCUGAAUCUGAAUUUUGAAUCAGUUUCAGGGAGCUAAAUAAGAAUAAAUUUGAAGUUGAAGUGGGUAACUUGAAGUUCGGUAUUUAAGCAGGAGGUGGCAUUUUGGGUUUGUUUUAGGUGAAUUAUUGGGGAUUGGAGUUUAUUGAAUUGGGAAUAAAGCUAAGGGUUUACUUCGAAUUUCAGGGGAUAUUUGUAUUUUGAUGGAAAUGGAGGGUUUCGCUGUGUUAAAGUUUUGAUUUUGGAUAUUGGGUUUGAGGUUUCUUGAACGUGGAAUUUUGAUUUUUUUUUUUUAGGAUUGGGAUUUUCGGAGGGAGAGUUGGUUGAAAAUUUGGAUCUCUGAUUUGGAACUCAACCCCUCCUAUCCUUAAACUGUUAAAAGUUAGAGGAUUUGAGAUGGGUUUAGAUACGGCAAUGCUGGGAUUGGGAUUUAAUGUUGUUUCUGUUAUGUAUUUGUGGAAUUAUGGCAAAACCCUAGUUUAGUGGUGAAUUGGGUUCUUAUCAUUGGUCUUCUGUUUGUUUGAGCAGUGGAAAGGUUGAAUUUUUGGCUUGUUUUUGGUGGAAUAUAUGUAUUGACGGAGAUGCAACCGCCACACCAGCAUUCCCGGAUUAAUCUUUCUGAAUUGAAAGCUCAGAUAGUGAAGAAACUUGGACCUGAGGGUUCAAAGCAGUACUUUCAUUACUUAAGUAGGCUAUUGAGCUUGAAGAUAAGCAAGGCUGAGUUCAAUAAGCUUUGUUUUAGGAUCUUGGGGAGAGAAAACAUUCCGUUGCAUAAUCAGUUCAUUCGUUCUAUUCUGAGAAAUGCCUGUAGUGCAAAAGUUCCUCCACCAAUUAAUGAAGGUGGUAUUGUGAAGCCUGGUGUAGCGGUUGGCAGUAAACAGCCCUUAGAUGAUGCUUAUGACCAAAAUGGAGUGCAUGUUUCUUCAAACCAGGCUUCAGGUCAACCGGGUUUGUCCAAUGGUGCCGUGUUGCCAUUAUCUCCUCGGAAGGCCAGGACAGGAUAUCGUGAUCGUAAGGCUGGGGAUCGUCGUAGUGUGCUUGGAUCAAAUGGGAAGAAUAGUUUUGCUUUUCAACAAGCAACUACGAUGGAAUCAAGUGAUUUCGAAAUUAUUAAGGAAAAUGGGGAUUUGAAUCCACCUAAUUUCAAGGGUGCGGUGCAUCACCAUCAAGGAACCAUACAGCAAAUAGAUGAUGAAAGGCAGGGAUUCAAUCAAGAAACUGCCAAAUUUUCUGUUAUGAAAAGAUCACUGCAAAAUUCAGUAUCUUUACAGAACAAAGCAGACAAAUCUAGAGAUGAUGGAAGAGAUCUGCAUGCUAGGAGUCAACUCCAAGCUCCCCUUGGGGUUCCAUUUUGCCCCGUUAGUGUAGGUGGAGCACGUAGAUCAGUACCUUUAGCAGCAAGUAGUAGAUGUGUUAGCUCUUCUAGUUUUGGUGCUUUGUUGGACAGUGUAACUCUGAGGGAACGAAUGGAGCAGAUUUCUGCAGAACAGGGCCUUGAUGGGGUGGCCAUGGAUUGUGCCAAUCUGUUGAACAAUGGUUUGGAUUCUUACUUAAAAGGUUUAAUCAAAUCUUGUCUCCAAUUUGUGGGAGCAAGGUCAGGGAAUGAACCUACAACCAUCAACACCAAGAAGCAACAAACUUAUAUGAAGCUCGUAAAUGGUCUCAGACCAGGUCAUCAUUUACAGAUGAAUGGUGGUAGAUUGUCAGAAGCUGUGCACGAACAUGCUCCUGGUAACCUGGUAUCAUUGCAAGAUUUUAGGGUUGCCAUGGAGCUGAACCCCCGGCAACUUGGUGAAGACUGGCCACUGCUGCUGGAGAAACUAACACAUGCAGUUGAGGAAUAAGACGUGCACUUUGCUGUCUUCAGGUCAAGCUUUUACCAGUCCCAACUGGAUCAGAGGGCACAGUUCUUUCCAAGUUUUGUGCAGUCACUCUGCUACAGUUUUCUUUACGGCCUUUUGAUCCAGUAAACAGCUGUUGAGGUCAAACUUUGUCUCUUUCAAGGUGAUAAGGACAAGAUCCAGGAAUCUUUGUUUGACCUGCUGCAGGGCCUUAAUUUUGGCCAGAGGCAUCCCAUUCGUUAGCAACCACUGGAAGGGACUUGAAAAAAGAAUGCCCCUGUUGGUUGCACUGUUGUAUCAUUAGCAUAAUUCUCUCUAGGUAUCUGCAUUCUCCUGUAAUUUAUGGUCAAUGAGCAAAUUUAGAACAGUUUUGCAGGAAUAAAUGUCUAGCCUAGUACUUCAGCUGAAAGGUGAAACUGAAUGAUGCACUAGCUGAAUGUGUAUGUAUCUUCAACAUCAAAAUUGAUUGGAACCUCAACAUUAACAAUACAUUUUUCCAGUAGCUUAAUUGAGCUUAUAGAUUUUUUUUUUUUUUUGUGGAA